UAUUAUCAUCAAUAAAUAAAGUUUUUUUUUAAUCCAUAUAUGGAAAGCUGUAGGCACAGAAAUGCGGUUAUCAGGCAAAAGCUAACUUUAUUAAAGGUCCAUUUCACUGAUGACAUGUGAAGAUUUAAAUGUUUGACUUCUGACAUUAAUCCAGGAACUUACUUAUUUCCUCUUCUUCUUCUUUUUUGAAACAAUACAAACGAUAUUCGACUGGCAGAAUCAUGAACGUUGCAUCCACACACUAACUUUAGAACGUUUUUAGAAACGUUGACCUGCUGCUCCAUGUUUGUGGAGUUUGUCUCAGCUGUUUCAUGGUUGCUUCUUGUGUAAUUCUCAGUGGAUUAUAGAUGAAUGUAGUCCAUAAAUUAGUUUCUUCCAAAAACUUAAAAUAAUUGGCAGACAGGACGUUACUGAUUUUAAGGUGCUUUUUAUAAACGACACCGCAAACAGGUCAAACCGCUAAAUCAGCUUCUGAACAGGAGAUAUUUUGGGAGGCACAGGAAGCUGUGUUGCUAAUGAAGAGCUGCAGUGUUUGACUCUGCAGAUGCAUGCAGGUUGUUGAACAUGACUUUGCAUUAAAACAGUAAUAAGUUUCAUUACCAUUUGUCCAUCCAAUGUAAUACCUUUUUUGUUAGCCUUAGUUUUCGUUAACGGUCGUCGCCAAUAUUUUUCUUUUUAGUAUUCAUUGACGAAAUGAACGCUGGCUCAGACUGAAAGCACAUGAUCUCCUCUCCUGUCAUCCGUCUCUUGUGACCUAAAAUGUUUCACCUGACAGCCAUCAGAUGUUUUAGGUUCCUAAUUUGAACCUGAACCUGAACAUACAGUACUACAGCAGUAGUAGUAGUGGUUCAUUAUUCUCAUCCUGCAGCAUAAUACAGCAGGUGCAACCAAGUCAGCUUUGCUGUUGGAAAAUUGAAAAACUUUUCUGCUUUUAUGAGUCUGUUUUCUGGAAAAUCUUUGCAUUCCGCAGGGUAUUUGAAAUCACAAGUGUCUGAGGGCAUUGUUCAUUUGUUCACUGGGGAUAAAAAGCACUUUUCAGUGUUCUGGCUGUCACUUUAAGCGGGGCAUUUCAGACAAAUUGCCCAGUCCCCCGUGUCUUGCUCAGACAGCUCCAGAGUGUGUGUGUGUGAGAGAGAGAGAUCAGGGGGUAUGAGCUGAGAAUAAAAGCGAGCUUCGUGGAGACGGAGCCAGAAGUGUCCAGUUAUUAGCAUGCUGGUCUGGUCUCUGUGGCCUUGCUGCCUUUCUGCUUUCACACAGUCAGACUGAAGGCCUGCUGUCGGCCGACACCAUUCAGAAUCCUGCAGGAGACACGUCAACAAAGAUGUAAACUUUGUCAGAAAAUCACAGGAAACAGGCAUUUAUAAGAUGACACAGUUGCAUUGAAGAAACAGUGAGAAGGUAAAGAGCAGUAGCCUUUUAUCGGCUUAUAAAUCUUCAGCUUUGGAAGCAGACUUGGCAAAGUUCCUCGCAUCUUUCCUAACUUGGCCGUAUCCUGGCUACUGCUGAGGCUUGCUAACUGACAAAGGAAACAAAUCUUUUUUGGAAACAAAGGGAACACUUGAAACUUCCACAUCCCUCAGUCCUCAGCAUUCCUGAGCAGAGCAGAAGGAUCCUUGUCCUCUCAACAACAACAUCAGAAAAGGCUUCACAGGAUCACAAAAAUCACUACCUCGCCUCCAAGAUGUUGAACCUCAACUCGCCGGACGACAACAGCAACAGGAACUCUCUCCAGGACCCGGUCUCACUAAAUGUUGGUGGAGAAAUUUACACUACGACCCGGGACACCCUGACACGCUGCCGCGACUCGAUGCUAGGUGCUAUGUUCACCGGACAAAUCCCUGUGCUUAGAGACAACAGAGGAAAUGUUUUCAUAGACCGUGACGGAAAAGUGUUUCGGUACAUUCUGAAUUACCUGCGCUCCAGCUCCCUGGACCUGCCGGAUGGCUUUUCGGAGCUGGCACUGCUGCGGAGAGAGGCCGAUUUCUUCCAGAUACACCCCCUGCUGGAGGAGAUUCGCCACUAUGAGGCAUCAGUGCCUCUCAGCCUUAGAGGAGGGCCAAUUGGAGCCAUGAUUAUGGUGAAUGUUGAUUCCAAGGUCCGCGUUCUCCACUUUAACUUACGCCAUGGGCCAGAAAACUAUGAGCUUCGCACGUGCUCUGUGCGAGCCUUCACAGUUGACCUCUUUUGUACGUGGAGAGCCUUCCUUACUCUGCUUUGUGAGCACUUCUCCUAUAGAACAUCUCAAGGUCUCACUAGCCCCCAUCUAUGCAACCCGAGGCAGAGCAGGCUGAAACUGGAGUGGGUACCGAGACCUGACGAACUCCCGCAGGACCAGUACGACAAGCAGCGCUACCGGGGGCUAACUGUCUCUAACCCUGAGGACGCGCAGUCGGAUGACAUCAUGAACAUGCACUGGAGUCCCUGUGAAAUCACAGACAUGCAGGGGUUUGUGGAAGAGCUGCUGAAGGUGUCUCUGGCUGAAGGAUUCAAGGUUGAUCUGGUGACUCCUGACCCAGCGGAAAUUCUUAACUGCACCACACUCCGGCUUGUCAAGUGCUGAGCUUGAGGCAAAGAACAGAAUCUAAAAGCACCAGAACAUGUCAAGCUCAUGAAUUGUGGAUGGGUCCUUCUUGGCACAGCUGAAACAAUUAUCCUUAGGAUUUCAACUGUUUCAUCGAAUCUUUUAUUGGUUAGGGUUAGGGUUAACUUUGUAACAUGGAACUCUAAUAGAUAUAAAUUAUGACUAGAAGAUUUUUGUCUUUGGUCCUUAUGUCUGUUUUCCUGUCAUAGAGUUUACCAAAAUAGUAAAUAAUAAACUGUGUUAUAUUGAGGAUCAUUAUUUACAAGUACUGACACGUCAUAUUGUCUGCAUUUAAGUGUAACAUUUAGAUGUAGCCUAGCUCAUUUUUGACAUAGAUUUUAAAACAUUACUAUUACUAUUAUUAACAUUAAAUUACUGGCUUCAUCUAUCUAAUGUGAUGGCUUUUAAACAUAGGUUAUGAAAAUCUGUACAGCUGAAUAACCCUCUCGAUCCCCCCAACAAGAUCUCUCAUUUUUUUACAUUAUGAUCUAUGUAGAAUUCUGUUCCUUGGUGUCCGUGUCUGAGAACACCGAAGCACAGUUAAAAUACUAUCUUAACAUUUUGGGAAAUGUGCUUCUGAUGGCUAUUGAUAGUUCUUGGAGUCCACACGUGUUGUCUCUGAAGCGGCUGUGGCCCCAAUGUGUGGUUACAUUUAUGAGGAGUUGUAGCAGGGUAGCCAGUAGGCGACUUGUGAACAUGCAUCCCCCUUGUUAAACUGCUAUCCCCCCUCUCUCUCCCCUAAAAAGAGUACAGAGGCAGAAGGAUUGUAAAUUUGAAUAUGUCGUCUAGUCUAUGUCUAGUCUGCCCGACUCAUUGAUGCUUUAUCAGGCUGAGGUUUGUGCAAGUUAGAAUCUAUGAUGAUGGCUCUGAAUAAUCAGCAGCCUAACUGUGCUGUGUAUUGAUAAAUCCAUGGCGCAGACUGAAUUUUUCUCUCAAUCCCAUCCUGUCAGUUUUAUCUUAGAUCUAUAAUAUUCUCUAAACUAUAUACUGUAAAUACUCAAAUCUAUGCCUAUGUUCUAGCCUAAUCUUUUAGCCUAUAUAGUACAGUACUCUAUAAAGUAGUGUCACCUUCAUGAUAAAAGUGAAAAGCAACGUGUAGUCAUAGAAGAGUCAGAGGAUCAUAGAGACACUUUGCUGCCUGUAGUAUUCCUAUAAUAUUUAUAUAAUCUUUUUUUGUUAAUGCUGAACAUAUACACUUAGACUAAGCUACCUCUGUAACAAAGUAUUUUAGGGGCAACAUGACUACAGAUGUAGUUUUUCCUAUAGCUGUUUGGUGUUAGGUGUCCUGCAAUAUUGUCCUUGGGGGGUGUACAUGGGUGUGUGUUGUGCUUGGUGGUAUGGGGGCAGGGCGUUCUCCCAUUAGACCAUCACCCUGUUAAAAAUUAACAAAUGACGCACUGGGUGUAGUGGCCAAGUGUGUAGGCUCAGUAGCUAUACUGUCAUUUCUUUUACGCCUACAAUGCAGGCUGACACCACACAACAUAUGUCAUAGUUAGUUUUGGCUCUCAUUUAGUUACUAUUUUAGUGACACUGAGACAUGAAGGUACAUUUUGUACCGGGUUUUCUGAGUAGUUGGCAUGGACUCGGAAGAUGGAAAUUUAGUUAGACUUGGCUAAUAAGAAGAGUUUUUUUCUUUUUUCUUUUGUCACCUACUAGAAAAUCUGCACCUGAACAUUAAAAUAGCUUAUUCACAGUGUUGCUUGCUUAAUUAAACUGACUGUAUUUCCUUGUGGGAGGGCUAUAUCCGUUUGCCCUUUGAAUGACUUACAGGGGGAGUCAGAUGAGUAAUGGACUGACUGUGUAAUUUUAGUCUGGAGGAAGCAGUAGUAAAGGAAGUUUGGAGGAGGAAAAGAUGUGUCUCGACUGAAGAGGAAAGGUCUAGCUGCAGAAUCAAGCCUGGUGGUUCUUUCCUCUUGCUCCCUCUCUGAACUUCCUUCUGACGACUGUAAGAAUGAAUGGUUCUGCAGCCCUCAGGUUUAUGGUUAUUCACAUUGUGCACAAGGGACAUCAGUGUGCUCACAUGCAACUAUAAUGCUUGCAUCUCAGAUUUGGUGAUUUGUUUCAGAUUAAUCAUUGGUUGAAGGUUAUCAUGGUUUAAUGUACUCAUUGUGUGCAUGUUUUUUUUCCU